GCUUACCUCAAUCAACUCUAAUUAACCCCUAUUCAUGGCACUUUGAAAACCAUAGUCAUUCAUCAUAUCUCAUUUCAUAAUGCCUAUACUACGCCCUGAUAAACAGAAGACCAUAUCUCAAGAUGAAAUUAAAGCAGUAAGGAAAAUAAUGGAAAUAUUAGAAAAAUCAGAUAUCAAUAAGGAUGGUUGCUAUACAAAGAGUGAGCUGAAGAAAGCACUAAAAGAUUUACAUGCCUAUGUUCCUGGAUGGAGAGCCAUGCGUUGUCUAGACAAAGUUGAUGCAAACAAUGAUGGACAAAUUAGUGGUGAUGAAAUUGACACUUUAGUUGAUUAUCUCCUAGCCAAAGGGUUUGGAAAUAAUUAAUUAUUUAUAGGUGAAUUAAUAUGAUCAAUUCUCUCUCCCUUCAUGUUUAACUUUAUGUUAUGAUUUAUAUGCUUACUAAUGCUCACAAAAUAAUGAUUAGUUAAGCUAAAUAUAUUUUAUGUUGGAAGAGGUCGACCUCUUAAAUUAACUCUCUUGUAUAUAUCAUUUGGCUGGAGUGUAUUUUUGGUCGAUAUAUUAUGUAAUAUGCAUAGAAGAGGUUUUAUCUUAAAUGAACACCAACGCACCAUUUUGGAUAACUAUAGUCUCUACAAUUAUGCAUAAAGAUAUUUAAUUUAUCAAAAUAAUGAAUGAGAUUUUUUCUUAACCAUUUCAUAUGGAAGAGGUCGGGUGAGACUUUUUUCCCCAUGAAUUAAUAUCAUGAAGCUUUGGUACACGCUAUACUAUCUACACCUUCACCUUCUAUGUGGUAAAGAGGAUAUUCAAUCAUGUACCAAGACAGCCAUUAAAAAAAAAAAAAAUCAUGUACCAAGACAGCUUGAUGAAAAUAUAAAAUAAAAGCUAUUGUUUUUUAAUUAA